AUGAAGAAGCUCCUCAAGUUUCCCCUUGUUCUGUGUGUGAUCGCGUACGCGAGGUCCUUCCCCCAACCCCUCAUAACCCAACUCCCAGCUCCAAUACCAUCUAACGGAACCUCCUCCCUCAACCUCACCUCAAUCUCCGCCCUGGACAGCGACCUCAAGCGGGUCGCCACGAUGGGCAUCCUGUUCGGGGCCGUCCAGGGCGAAGCGGAAAUGGAACGCAAGCUGACCCACCAGCUGGCGGACCUCGUUCAAACGUUCAACGUGUCCCGGCCCGAGGUCAAGUCGCGCAAAGUGGCCGCCCUGGAGCGGUCCAUGGAACGGGACAAGGUCGCGCUCGGAAUCCUCGGCGGGGCGCUCGAACUGGCCACCAAGAAGACGAUGACCUACGACCAGUACCGCAAGGAGAUGCAGAAGUUGGCCGAGCAUCAGAAAUUCUCCUCAGGAAUAAACCUGAUCCAGAAGAGUCCCACCAACUUGAACCCAAACCAAACCGAACUCAACCUGCGCCAGAUCCGUCGCGACGUAAACCACCACAUAAACCAAAUGCGCCGGGAUCUGGGCGCCAAGGUCAAGCAGACCGUUCAGCAUCUGGAACGGGACGACGGCCUGCACAACAUGAUUGGCCAGGUGGACACGGCCGCCAUCAAGAAAUCGAUGGCCAUGAAUAAACUACCGGAUUAUAGCUUUUACGACACACUGGUGCAGCGGGAUUUGGAGAACCACAUCGACGCUCUUUUUCGGCGGCGCCAGGAUGACGAUGACGACGACGGAGAUGGAGAUGCCGGAAAGAACAGCAAGGAGAAUGGUGACGGGCAGGGAGUUUCCGUCACCCUGGGAGAUGGGGACGAGUCCGAGUCCGAGUCUGAGGAGGAAGCCCCCGGUGGUUUGGUGGGACUGAUUGCCGGCCUGAGUGGUGGCGACGAGGGGUCCGAUGUGGGAGCGCUGAUUGGGACGCUGUCGGCGGCGGUCACCAACAUAUUUGGGCCAGGAGGUUUGGACGUUCCAGGAUUGUUGGGAACCGGUGCCGGUCUGCUUGCUGGUCUACUAGGAGGUGACGAGAACUUUGGCAAGGUACUCGGAAGCUACGUAGGUAUUACCAUCGAAGGCUUCUCCGGAGGUGGCGCUGAUAAUAACGGAGCCUUCUUUGGAAAUUUUCUCGGAUCGGUCAUUGCAGCUCUAAGUUCAGACCCGGACGAUGAAGAUGCCCCCUUGAAGCCGAAACUAUUCAUUGAAAACUUCUUCACGGGCCUCCAGGAUGCCAAGCGGAAGGGUGACCCUCCCAUGGAAGAUAUGCACAAGGGCGGAUCGGACUUUUUCGGAUUCAUCGGCAACAUUGUGGGAUCCGUCGUAGGCGGAGUUACCAGUCUGAUUCUGAACGCUUCACUUGGAUCUUCCGGAGGGUCCUCGCAAGGUUCGGCCGAUGCUUCCGGAGCAUCGUCCGCUGGUAGCAGUGCCGAUGAUCCUUGCAAGCAUCCUUGUGCUACGACUCUGUAGAAAUGUGUGUGUGCCAUUAGUUUCAAUAG